AAGAGGAGAUGAGAUAGCGGUGAUGUCGACUGUUGGGGGGGACCGACCGUGACGACCCGACCGGAAAGGCGAAAAAGGCGGAGAGGAAAAGAAAGGGGAUCGAGCUGACAGACCUUUCUUUUAAUGGCUGCCACGGCAAAGGAGACGGGGGAAAACAGAACAACGAACCUGCAAGAUGCAGACCGAAAGGAAAGGAAAAGGGGGAUAUAUCAGACUCAAGGACAAAGCCUCGAUAAUGGGGAAGGUGGGUUGGGGGAGGGGAGGAGGAGGGAGGAGAGGGAAAGAGGAGAGGGAAAAUGCGAGAGUAAAGAGCAGCAAGGCCAAGCAGGUCAGACUUCAGAGGGAGGGGGCGGGUAAGGUAAGAGACUGAUGAUAAGUUUAGCAGGCGCCGGUCGGUGGUUGGUUGGCUGGUCGAGUUGGCCUGUUCGGGUCUGGCUUUUUGGUUUUGGACCCCCAGCGUAUCGUAACCUGGUAUUUUUCUCUCCCAGUACAGUAACCAAGGC